AUGGCGAAGACGUGGGGCGACGCCACCCUCCCAGAGGGUAAAGUCACCUUCCUGGUCGGCGACAGUCGGGAGCGCAUCGAGUACGUCACCAAGGCCAACCUCUGCGCCCGGUCCGUUGUCUUUCGGACCAUGUUUGGCAUCGGCAUGAAGGAGCGCGACGCCGCCGAGGUCACGGUGUCCCACACCGACCUCGCCAGCUUCACUGCCCUUGUCCGCUACCUCCUCACCGACCAGCUCGACCUCGGCGAGGAGGAGGGCGGCAGGGCGCAGCGCGCGCUCGACCUGCGGGAGCUGGCGCAGAUGUACCAGGUGCCGCGCCUCGAGCUGCUCUGCGCGCAGGCGCUGCAGGAGAGCGUCGCGCCGGCGACCGCCGUGCCGCUGCUCGAGGCGGCGCACACGAUGAGCGACGGGCGCCUCCUCGCGCAGUGCCGCCGCUUCGUGGCUGACCACGCCGCCGAGGUGCGCGCGAGCGGCGGCGUGGAGCAGCUGCGCGACUUUGGCGUGGCCAAGGGGCUGCUCGGCGACGCGCUCGACCAGGUGGCGGAGCUGAAGGGGACG